GUGUUCUCAUAUUGUGCUGGCAAGCAGGCGAUAGGCUCUUCUGUUGAUCCUCGUCAGCUGCUAUCAUGAAACCCCACUGUGCCCAUGGCUUGGUGUGCAGUCCGGUACAGAACUCCACCGAAUAGUUUACGCCGGCGGCCAAGCUAUUUUGAAUGAGACGGCAGAGACCGUCUAAUUUAGCUUUGAUUAGAAUUUCGAUGCGCGCUAUAAUUCGGUAAUUCCAAGGGGAAGAUCGGCUCUGCAUUUCGUGUCACAUUACGGCGACUGGGCUAUCUGUCGCCAUUAGGGUAGCCUUCCAAUGGUAGGCUACUCGAUUGACGGUUUUUAAUAAUAUUUUUAGGUAGAAGUGUAGUUUUAGUCUAAUGAUAUCUGCGGUUUACUGAUAGGCUUGGUUUCUGCGCUUUCAAGGAUACGACAACGACACGUCCGAGGAGCAAUUGACUCGUGCGAGUGUUUUUUCUUAUCUGUGUCCACGAGCUGAGGAGAAGAAGCCGCAAUCAUGUUCGAGGCGAGAGGGAUUCUUUUUAUUCUGCUUGACAUAGCCUGUUUAAUUAUCGGGGGACUGCCCCUGGCAGCCUUUAAUUUGGGCAAAAUCAAGCCCUAUCAGAGGGGCUUUUUCUGUAACGAUGACAGCAUCAGCUACCCCUUCCACCAGAGUACAGUCACCUCCAUUGUGCUCUACACGGCGGGCUUCGCUCUGCCCAUUUGCUGUAUGGUCUUUGGAGAGUGCCUUUCAGUCUAUCUAAAGCGCAUCAAAUCAAAGUCCUCUUUCAGCAACAUGUAUGUGGGCAGUGUUUACAAAGCCAUCGGCACCUUCGUGUUCGGGGCUGCCAUGAGCCAAUCGCUCACUGACAUCGCCAAGUAUUCGAUUGGUCGGCUGCGACCUCACUUCCUGGACGUGUGCAAGCCCGACUGGAAGCUGAUCAACUGCACGGCAGGCGCCUACAUUGAGGACUUCACCUGCACCGGGGAUACGCACAUGGUCAACGAGGCCAGGCUGUCCUUCUACUCCGGCCACUCCUCCUUCUCCAUGUACUGCAUGCUGUUCCUGGCACUAUACAUCCAGGCCAGACUGCAGGCAGAGUGGGCUAGACUCCUGAGACCAACACUCCAGUUCUUCCUGAUCGCUGCAUCCGUUUACACUGGCCUGUCCCGUGUGUCCGACUACAAACACCACUGGAGCGACGUCCUGGCUGGCCUUAUUCAGGGAGCACUCGUGGCCAUACUGGUGGUAUUUGUAGUGUCAGACUUCUUCAAGAAGAGGGUGGAGCCCCAGGAGGAUGUGGAGAUUCCCCACACCAGCCUGCAAGAGACGCCCACUAACGGAAACCAUUACGACAGCAGCCCCAACUAAGCUAUAGAGAAGAGGAACCGUUUACUGCAUGCACAUCAUACCCCACUAAGGGUCGGACCACUGGGGUGGAAAGAAAUUAUGCGUCUCAAAUGGUACCCUACUCCCUACAUUGGGUCCUGGUCAAAACUAGUGCACUAUGGAGGGAAUAGGGCGCCAUCUGGGAAUGAACCAGACAUGUGAAUGUAACCCUGCUUUGUGCUUUCCUGACCUAUGACCUGGAGCCAAGCUGUCUGAGCUUGUCCCACCCAUGUUGCCUUGGCUGGGCUGCUACUAUUACAGCUUCCUGUGUAUUAUCCAGACCAAUAUAAUGCAUCUUCACCUGAAGCAACAACAAAACAUUGUUUUAUCCAGCUGUAUGUUAGAAGAAAUCACUAUACAGACUUUUAUUAAAAUUGUUGAAGUAUGUACAAAUGUUGCGCUUUUUGGAAGGAAAAUAAGCCAUUUUAUGCUUAACACAU